AUUAACAGCUCAUCAGUUACUACUGGUCUCUGAUAAUUAAUUUUGUUCAAGUUCAAUAUUACUGCAGUGAUUUACAAGUGUUUGGGAAGAAAAUCUACAGGAAUAUUAAACGCGAGGAAUAUUCAGUGAAGGCUAAGAUGAGGGGUGAAAUUCCACAAUGUACGAGAUGUUGUUUUUGUUUACCAUUACGAUAUGGAUUGCUUGCAUGGGGUUAUUUUAAAAUGAUAGCAGAUGCACUAUUAAUAUCGUUGAUGAUAUACCAAGUAAUAAGCUUAAUCAUGGUAUUUUCAGAAAAUGAAAUAAGUGAUGUUUCGAUGGUCAAAAUACAUCUUGCUAUAACAAGUGCUAUACUUCUAAUUUUUGUACCGGAUUUUUUGAUCACUAUAAUGUUCAUUGUUGGAGGACAUAAGAGAAAAGUGAAGCCGAUUAAAGCAUUCUAUUACUACAGCAUAGGAAUAUGGAUUGUGACGUUGUUCACGAUUCUAGUGGGCAGUGUUCGGAUAGUCAAUUGGGCAUCACGAGGAAUGACUAUCAUUUCACUGGAAAGCUUACUUAUUACCUUUUCUGUAUUUUUCGUAGUUCUAGUGGUACAAUCAUACCUGCUUCUGCUUCUGAGAAGUGAGAUCAUCAAGCUAAGUAACAACUGUGGGUUCGAAUUUGUGAACAAUGCCGCUGAAGCCGCUUGUACCAUGAAAUGUGCAGAAGAAGUAGCUAUAGGUGAAAUGGAUCCAGAAGAUAUUUUAAAUGGAAAAGGAUUUUGUUAGUUGGAAUAGGUAAAUAAGUAGUAUUAUGAUUGUAAUCAUCAUGUGUUUAAUGGGGAUCUGAAAUAAUGGUAUUAUGUUUGAAAUAAAAACCAAUACCACUA